AUGAUUGUGGAUCUUCAAGAAGAUUUUCUUGAACCAGCAGGUUCGUUGAAAAUAAAGAGAAGCAGGGAGAUAAUCAGUCACAUCAUAGACAUUUUACAUGAGAAAACGUUUGACUUGUAUAUUGCAACGUUGGAUUGGCAUCCCGCAAAUCAUACCUCAUUUGCCUCACAGCAUGGUGUUGAACCAUUCACAGAAUUAGAGUUCCAUCAUCCAGAAACCGGAGAGGCUAAGAAGCAAUUUGUAUGGCCCGACCAUUGUAUCCAGAAUACUCAUGGCUCUAGGCUUGCUCCAUCAUUUGCAGAGGCUUUUGAUAAAUUGCCGACAAACAAAAAGUCUAUCAUCAAAAAGGGAUAUCUUCAGGAUAGAGAAUAUUACUCUUGUUUCCAAGAUACAUGGGGGAUCCACCAUACUGAAAUCGAAGGUUUGCUAAAAGACAACCAGAUCAAGGAGGUAACUUUUGUUGGAUUGGCAUAUGAUUACUGCGUCCUCAACUCUGCAAUUGACUGUGCUCAUCAAAAGUUCAAGACAUUUGUUGUUAAAAGCUUAUGUCGAAGCGUUUCUGAGGAGAAUGAUGAGAGGACAACCACUAUGUAUAAAAAGAAUGGAGUAACAGUUGUUGAUUCUAUAUUAGAGGUGUUGUAA